GAUCCCUUAACUAUCCAAUUGCGUUUUCCAACGGCGCAGCGCCAUUCUGCACUCCUCCUCUUUUCGUUUCUUGUUUCUUCGUCACUACACGAGUUCUAUUGGGGAUGCAUAUCCAGGAUGCUACUGGUGGAAGCAUAACUGAAUCCUUUGACGUCCGGAUUCGCGAGCUGGUGCAUUAACUAAAUCAUUAAUCAUCCUUACGCGCCAAACAAGAUCUCUUGGUGCUGGCAGGUACAUAGCCAUCGUCACAUCACGAAGUUUUGCUGAAAACGGACAUCAGAACCAACUAACUAACAAAACAAAAGCCAAAAAAACCAUGCAUUAACUAUCCUUCACUUCUCCAAAGCCUUAAAGGGAUAAAUGAUUUGGCGUUCUUCACGAAGUACAGAUUCGCAAGCUCAUAAGUUUAUUAGUCCAGCUCCUCCACAUAUCUUCUAUAGGAUAGAUUUGUCGAGACGGGCUCGAAUUUGAACCCCGGAUUCAAACGUCUAGCCACCACCUUCCUCUCUGUAUCAUAUCUCCGAAAGAGAUACCCGAUACUACAUAUAUACUAGGAUCAGUAUUUGCUCCUCUUAUUAUAAGGUUGACUGUUCCCUGAGCACGUUCUACGUUGCAUUGCUACUAGGUAGCUCGGAGCUAGGUUUACAAUACCUAGCCAUUUCGGCCCGCCCAUAAUCCCUCAUCACGCUCGCAAGACAACCCCAACUGGACCACAAAUAUCCUUCCUAGCAGGUCCGGACCGGCAUCAACGUUCAAAGCUAAACCAUGACAAUCCUUCCUAAACGUUACUUUCGUGCCCCACGAUCCCCUCUUCAUCCCCACUCGCGUCUUCCAAAUUUGUUUCUCGCUCUCUUGGUUUUUUUCCUUUUUGAUGCUUAUUGGAUCAUCAUCCAACUUCCGAAUCCAAUACGUACUAUCACGCCUCAAUUUUCGGCGAUUGAUCCAUCGGACUUGACAUCAAAUCAACAUGAAGCCCCUUCAUUGCCAGGUCAGGAUUCUUUAUCAAUGAAAAGAGUGGGAGGGGAAGGAAACCAAGAAUCAUUAUUGUCUAGUGACGCUGAAAGUAGACAGGUCUUUCAGGGAUCUAAAACACAAAUGGGAAAUCCCAAUAAUGAAACAAUUUUCAUAGCAGCAAUAUUUCGUAAAUCGGAAUUAAUGCUCAGGCAAAAUUGGUCUCCGGCUCUGGUAUCCCUGGUUCAACAUUUGGGACCCCAGAAUGUGUAUGUCUCGAUUAUUGAAUCGGGUUCGUGGGAUGGAACGAAAGCGGCGCUGAUGGAUUUGGAUGGGAUGUUAGGGAAGGCGGGGGUGGAAAGGACGAUUGAGUUGGGUAUGGAUCGUCUGGCCCAGCUUGAAGAAUUGAAACAUGUGCCAGAGGAGGGGCAGGACAGAACUGGAUGGUUGCAUACAGGGAGGAAAGAGAGCGAGAGUGGGUGGGAAAUGAGACGAAUACCUUAUUUGGCGAGAUUGAGGAAUAGAGCUAUGGAACCCCUCUUGAGGGUAUGGGAUGAAGGGAGGGGAAGGAAAUUUGAUAAGAUUUUAUGGAUCAAUGAUGUGGUUUUUACGACAACCGACGUAAUUACCCUCCUCGCCACCAAUAACAACUUCUAUGCAGCAGCCUGCGCCCUAGAUUUCUCGUACCCCUCCCAAUACUAUGACACAUUUGCCCUCCGCGACUCCUCUGGUCGAAAAACCGCAUCUCUUUCCUGGCCCUACUUCUACGCCUCACAAUCUCUAAAUGCAUUGAGAAGAAAUGACCCCGUACCUGUUAAAAGUUGUUGGAACGGAAUGGUCGUUUUUGAUGGGGAACCUUGGUAUCCUUCCUCUUUCAUUUCUUCGAGUUUAAAGAAAGAAUUCCAGGGUCUUAAAUUCAGGGGUAUCCCUGAUUCUCUUGCCGAAAAACAUCUAGAGGGUAGUGAGUGUUGUCUUAUUCAUGCGGACAAUCCGCUGAGGGAAAAGAAGGGCAUUUAUGUGAACCCGAGUGUGAGGGUGGGGUAUAAGAGAGAGACUUAUGAGAUGGUUAAUGGGAAGGGGGGAUGGCCUGGGAGAUGGGAAGCUGUGAGGGGAGUUUGGGGGAUUAGGAUGGGGUGGGUGAGGGAAUGGGGGAGUGGAUGGGUGGAGAGGGGACGGGUGGGGAGGAGAGUGCGAAAGUGGGUUAAGGAGGGAGAGGGAGAGGAGGUGAGAGUGGAAAUGGGAUUGGAAUGUUUGAUUAAUGAGAUGCAGGUGUUGUAUCAGAGUGGAUGGAGACACCUUUAAACAUUUUAUUCUUCUUUUCUUAGGUAUGGGAAUAUUUCGAAAUCCAGAUAUUAUGGGUCAUUAUUGGAGUCGGUGGGUAUGGAAUUUGAGGAAUGGAUUGCAUCACAUUUGGAUGGGGUCUUGUAUUUUAUGGUUAUGUAGGUGGACACAUAUUUGGUGCAAGAGGACUUGGGCAGAAUGGAAUAGGAAAAGAAGUAGGAGCAUAAAAAUGCAUAUUUAUUGGGCCACAGGAUGUAUAGUAGGAAAGGUUUAUUUUAUAUCAAUUUUGGGAUUGGGCAUUUGGGGGUGAUUAUUAUUGGGAUUUAAUAUAAUAUUUAUCUUCGAUGCGAUUCUCUUGAUGUGACGCUUAUAUCUAGCUAUACAUGUGUAGAAAAAAUAAUAAAAAACAGAUGGGAGAAGGUAUCAAAGCGAAGAGAAAGGGAGAAGCCGAAUAGGAUCAGGAGAUUCUGACUAUGUCUUCUCACCUGCGUAAUUUAGAGGCGCAGAAGAAGGCAGGAAUGGAUUCUUCGGAUAGCUAGCUGAUCGAGACUUUGAAGCUUGUUCUCGAUUUACAUCCUCAUCCUCAUCUCUAUUUUCAAGAUCACUAAUAGAAGUGAGACCUACA